CCUUUUUACCGCAACUUUGACCCGCAUCUGCCCAAAACAACGAGCCUGAUUUUAAGGCAUGACGAAUAAAUUCGUCAUUGUCUUUGCCGAGUCAGGUUUGCGAAAGAAGGUAGUACAAACAAAGACAAUUUUAAAACAUAUUUCUUGCUUUAAAUGAAUAAAAAAAAUACAACAUUACUUCAAGACAAUUAAAGAAAGAUUAUUAGCAUUGUUUUAACGUCUAUUUCCUUUUAUUCCGUUUCAGUUUUAGCGAAAUUUCGCCUCGGACAACACGUGUGGAAACGCAAGCGUUUAUUACAUCAGAAAUUCUCGACCACUCCAGAAGUUUUUUAUGACGUUUUUGUGCUCUAAAGGUGAGAUAGGUUUUCAGUUUUGAAAAAAUAAAACGUACAUUUGUUAUUUUAAGAUUAAAUGUUGAUUAUUUUGCAGUUUUUUGGGGGGGAAAAUAUGGCAAAAAUUUUUAUAGUUUAUUGUUGCGCCAUCUUGUGUAAACUUGUUAUUUAAAUAUAUACAGUAGUAACUUGCUGACAAUAUUAACAGAGAAAUAGUUUAUUUAACAGUAUAGGGGAUAUAAGUAUUGUUAAUUUAGAGCAAGGGUAAUUGUGGUAAUGGGUAAUUUGGUGCAGACUGCAGAAAACCUUGUUGAAAUCAGAACCUAUAAAUAAUUUGUGGACUGAGAGGCCAUAGUUGAUGUGUGACCCAAUAUAUGAAUUAUGAAGAACACAUAUUUUCAUAAAAAUUUAAAACAUAUACUGAUUGUCCAACAGCCAUUUCACUCCAAAAAUCCUGUACACUUUGCCAAAAAAUGUAUUCCCUAAAACUCUGCUAGAAUUUGGAAAAUCCACCCAAAUUAAAAAUCUGUUUAAAAUUUAAAAUAAAAUCCUGGAGAAAUCCAAAAAUAUCCGGAAAAAUCCAACAAAUUUUCUUUUAAAAAAUCCACAGAUUUUUGAAAGUCCGAAACUCUCGUACACUUUUAGUGAAAUGCCCCUGCUAUCAGUCUAAACCAGUGAACUUUAGGUAUCUUACCUAAAAAAAAAUACCUGUGGUUCCGGUUGCUGGCCGACUCUAUUUUUUCUGCUGACCCUAUUAUUUUUUCAACACGAUUGACUGUGCGACCCUACUUUCUCCGGGUGGUUGCAGGCUGCUCAUACAGUGUGUCAAAAUGGUGUCUGUUGUCACAAUACUUAUUGAUCCAAAUUGCCUAAAUUCUUCCAUAGGGAAUAUGCAUCUCUAGUUAAUAUUGAUGUCGGGACUCUACUGAAGAUCGCCCAGCAAAAAAAUGGCAAAACCAUGAAAAAAAAUUUAAAAAAAAAUAUAUUUCCAACCUACGGUACCGACCCUAGUUUUUUCACGAUAAGAAACCGGAACCACAGUUAUUUUUUAGGCCUAAACUGGAACAAUAACUCCAGUGAUCAAGUAGUAGAUUGGUAGUUCCUCCGGAUAGUUCUAAGUAUUUUACAUCCACUAACAGCAAAAACUUCCUGGGUAACAGUUUCCUAUUCAAAAUAUUACACAAGUUUGAACGUGCCAAACUUUGACUCCUGAGAAAAGAACUUUAUUAAUAGCUUUUUUCCUUGUUGAAAUACAGCUAUUUUAGUGCUCGAAAACAGAUGUCUUUUAAGGCAGCAUAUUUCCACUCCAUAUGUGAAGUACAUGGUGGCCAAGUUAUCGUUCCAGUCCUUUUAAGGCCCAUCUACACGACACAACUCGUUAUAUACGAUUCUUAUCCUGGCGUAUUAAAACGAUUGCUCACGCUACUAUUCCUGUUCACCAGUUUAUGGCGAAGUUUGAAAUGUGACAUUUUUACACACAUUUAUAAGAAUCGUAUAUGACUAGUCGUAUUGUGUAGAUAGGCCUUUAGAGUUCACUGGUCCAAACACAUGUCUUUGUGUUCAGGUAAAGGGAUCGUCAUUCCACGAAGAAGGAAUAUAUAUUUACGAGGCGUCCGUCAGGCGAACUGUAAAUUGCAGCGGCGUGCUAACAGAAGUUGUAUGAAAAAGUUCAAGAAAAAGUGUGGUUUUCAAAUAUUUGAUGACAAACUGUGUUCGGCCACUCGAAGUACAUAUUCUAUAGCAAAUUCAUCAUGGCAAUGGUCAACGUUAACCGCAAGAACACGGAUCAAUUCUACAGAUAUAAAAUGCCAAAACUCUUAGCCAAGGUGGGUAGAUUCACUCAUUUAAUGCUGCCCUCAAUUAAGUGCUGCCCCCAAUUAAGUACUGCAUAUGGUAGCAAAAUAGGCAAUGGGUCAUUCCAGAAAAGAUCCAUACCCCCUACGGAGGAAAUCGAAAAUAACCCCCUCCCCCCUUCGGACAUCCUUGAAUGGUUCAUCCUCCCCCCCUCUCCGGACAUCAAAGCCCAAAAUUACCCCCCUCCCCUUCGGACAUCCACUAUUUCUAAAUUUUUCUAAAGGCUACCUCGCCAUUUGAAAACGUCACCGAAAAUUAGACUGCGUUCACACUACGCGCGAGCGAACUAAUGCGGGCAGAAUUUACGUGUGUUCACACUACUGCCAUUACAGUCUGUUUACAAAUUGAAUUAGCACUCGUGUAAACCCAAAAUAUUUCAAAUAGACCCAAGAAAUUUAACUGAAAAGCAUUCGAGUUUAUACGUUUGUGUUCACACAAAGCUAUCAAGCUCUUUGCCGUUUUCACCUCGCUCCGUUUAGAAACCGUGCUCAAAUUGUUACGGCAAAAGUGACGUGAAAGUUUUCAAACGAUAUCCUAAGACAUUUUUCCUCCCUCCCUCUUUGGACAGCAAAAAUUUCCUCCAUGGGGGGGGGUAUGGAUCUUUUCUGGAACGACCCAAUUCCAGCUUUAAAUUUAUGCAUGCAGGAGGUGAUGGGAAGUAAGAUAUCAUGUUGCUGAUUAUGCUGAAAAAUUUCAAUAAAAACUGCCAAAACAACCGAAAUAUUUCAAUUUACAAUUACAAGCUAUCACUCUGUGUUUACACGGCCAUCAUUUUUAUUUUUUCUGCAAUAAUCGGCAAUUACUUCCCAUCCUCCUCUGCGUGCAUAAAUUAAAAGCUGGAAUUGACUAUUACUGCCGCCCUCAAAUGAGCGCCGUAGUUAUUCACAACAAUGUGUCACAUAAUUGAAGCAGGACAUUCCUCUUAAGGUGGUCAUCUGUAUAAUUGUGCCAAACAGUCAAAAUCAUUAGUUGACUUGGUUACAGACAAAAUUCAAUGUGCCAUUGUUUUGUCACAUACAGUGCUUCCACCUUUGAAAAUAAAAAUUUCCUUCAAAUUUCCCAAAUUGUUAAGGAAAUUUCUGAACGUGGUAAUUACGAACAUAGCAGAUUAUAUGCCUGGAAUGUCUUUCAUAUUUGUGAUUUCUAAACUGGAAGUCCUGAAGAGAUUACAACUACUGUAGCAUGCAUUUUGUACAUACAUAGAUAUACUGUACACGUAAGUUUGUUUUAUUUAUUUUAGGAGCUGAACUUCCCUAUUUAGUACAAUUAUCAUAUAUACCGUAUGUAGGUUUAUUUACAAGAAUGGAAUUUUCUCUAGGUUGAAGGCAAAGGGAAUGGCAUCAAGACAGUGAUUGUGAACAUGGUGGAUAUUGGCAAGUCUCUGAAGAGACCUGCUGCCUGUAAGUUGGUGGAAUAACAAACAUUGUAAAUCUUUGGGACGCACCAUUAGACUGUAGCUUUUUAGAACCCAUCAGAAAGUCAACAGUAACCUGUUUGAUUUAUACAGUAGGCUUUUAAUAGGCUGCGAAAAGGCUAGGCUUUUAAUAGGGAAUGGUGUACGGAGUGGUGUCCUUGACAGAUUUGCAAGGGGGCUGUACCAGUCAUAAAACAAUGAUUACCCCCCAAUAAGCUAGUCCCCAAUGAAAAAUUCAGAACAUCCCCCCCCAGAAAAAAGCCUCUGCUGAGUUAGUGAAUAAUCUCCCAUAAGUCCCCCCCCCCCCCUUGCUACCCUGAAAAAGUUGGCACCCAUUAGUGCAUGCUAGAAUUCAUAAUUUAUGGCAUAUAGUAGUUGCUGAGGCGGUGAAAAGUUUUCAAAUUCAUAAGAAAGACCAAAGUCCAUAUGUUUUAUUAUAAACAUAUGUUUUUCAGAUCCCACAAAGUUUUUUGGAUGUGAGUUGGGUGCUCAAACCCAGAUUGAUCUUAAGAAUGAGCGUUAUAUUGUGAAUGGAGCUCAUGAUGGAGAGAAAUUGCAGGAGAUUUUGGAUGACUUCAUUCAGAAGUUUGUCCUAUGUCCUGAGUGUGAAAAUCCUGAAACAGUGUUGGUAAGCUUGCAAAACCUUAAACAUAAGGGACGGACCAUUAGAAAAGUGAUGGGGGGUGGGACAUCUCCAACCUGUACGUUUAUUUUUUCAAAAAUUUUUGCUUAUGUUGAUAAUUUUUUUUUAAUUAAAUAAUCCCUUGCUCGAAUUUUUUUCCAGGACAUUAAAAAAAAGGGUCAAAAAAAAUUUUCCCGACUAACAUCAGUUACACAGCCAGAAACGCACAAGUUGCAACAAGUCUGUUGACAACUUGGAACCAACUUGUUAUCAAGAAGCCGAUAUCAGGAUGCGUUUGCAUGGCUUGCGACAGCUUGUUGACAACAAGUCUGUUGCAAGUUGUGAACAGACUUGUUGCAAGUUGUGAACUGCAGACUUGAUGCAAGUUGUGAACUGCAGGCUUGAUGCAAGUUGUGAACUGCAGGCUUGAUGCAAGUUGUGAACUGCAGGCUUGAUGCAAGUUGUGAACUGUAGGCUUGAUGCAAGUUGUGAACUGCAGACUUGAUGCAAGUUGUGAACUGCAGGCUUGAUGCAAGUUGUCAUCCACAGACUUGAUGCAAGUUGUCAAAAUGCUGAGUGAGGAAAGCGCCUUAUGAAGCUUCGUGUAUGCACUAUUUUGAACAAAAAAACGGCCAAACAGGUUGCCAUAUUUCGGUUGUAGUGUUUCGUAAAAUAACAAGACUUUUAUAUACUGACCAACGUGCGCGAUCAUUUUUGAGCAAAACAGCCGGAAAAUACGACAAAGAAUUAAAGGUUCUUAUCGUAAAUUAUUCUCAAAAUUAAAAGGUCUUUAAGUGCGACCGAAAUAAGACAACCUACUUGCAUAUUUUUCUACAAAAUAGUACAUACACAAAGCUUCAAAAAGGCAUCUUCCUCGUUCUUAAGCUCUAGAUGUUGUAUUCUCAUUGCCAUUUUCUUCAAGAUCAAACCAGCUUUGAGCUUUCUUCGCUUCCUUGUGAACAUGUUUGAUUUUACUAUUUUAGUUCGCACUUCGCAAUUGUUGAAAUUUUGUUUGAAUCAAAAAGUAAACUGACAAUUGACAAACUAUAAAGACAAAAACAACUGAACAUGAUUACGUGAUUGAUGUUUGUAAUAUUUCGUCCAAUUGCAACGAGCAAUGAUGACAUGUGCCUACGCCUUUAUCCAAUCAGAUUAAAGACAUAUAGCGAUAGCACACGUCAGCAAGUUGUUCCUAAAUUUUCAUUUUUAUAAAAUUUUUAAUUAUUUCAUUUGCGACUUGCGAGAAUUUUUCUACAGCUGUCGAUUUCAACUCAUCUAAUUUUAUUCAUCCGAAAUAGCUGUAUAGACUGCUGACUGCAAAAUAAUCCUUUUGAUUUAAAAUACAAACAUAUCCAUUGUUAAAUAUUCAUGUAUAGAGCGAUAAUAAUUGAGGAAACUGAUUUUCACAGCCGAAUUAGCUAAACAAUAAACAAAGUCUGUAUAGCUGUGAACAAGUCAAAUGAAUUUGUUAUUAACUUGCAGCAAGUCUGCAAAUGUCAAGUUGCAACAAGCCUGAUUUUAACAGACUUGCUGCAAGUUGUUUUAUCAGACUUCGGGACUUGUCAAGACUUAAUAAGUUCUUUGUAUGUUUGCAUGGCGAUAAAACAUAUAAUAGUUUUGUUUGUAGAAACACCACGUAAAUUUAUUACUGCAAAGCUUUCGAUCCGUAAGCCCGGAUCUUCAUUAGUGCGAAGACUGCCAAGCGCUUAAAUUUUCGCGACAAUUACAACUAAUACGUUUGCUUAAACGCACGUAUGUUUUUCGAAUAGUCGGUUGUUCAUAAUAAUUACAAUAAAACGUUUGUAAUGUCUCAAGUUUAAAUCAGCUUGAUCAUGAGGCCGCAAUUUGCAUCAAGGUUGUUCCAACAACUUGACGCAGGCUUGAAAAUGUCAGCUUGCAACAAAUCUGUUAAGAACAACUUGCGACAAGCUUGUUGAAUCAACAAUGCUGUUGCAAGUUGUUCUAACAAACUUGCUAAAUCUUGUCAUCAACAGGCUUGUUACAAGUUGUUCCAACAACUUGAUGCUGGCUUGAUAAUAUCAACUUGCAACAAGUCUGUUUUAACAACUUGCAACAGCAUUGUUGAUUCAACAAGCUUGUCGCAAAUUGUUCUAACAGGCUUGUCAAGACUUGUUAUCCACAGGCUUGCUGCAAGUUGUUUCAACAAGUUGCAACCAACAAGUCUGCAAAUGACAGGUUGCAACAAGCCUGAUUUUAACAAGCUUGUUGCAAAUUGAUGAAAUUAACAAGCUUGUUGCAACUUGUUGACAAGUUGCAACAAGCCGGUAAAGUUGACAACUUGCAACAAGUCUGUGGCGUUUCUGGCUGUGUACGUUGAGGUUCAAAAAUUUUUUUCUCUGACAAAUUUUUGUUAAAACAUGCUUUAAAACCCUUUUUUUGCACCAAUAUCUGCAAGAUUUAGGUUUAGAAAAUUUUUUCUCACACCAUUACUUGUAUCAAAAAACGUUCCAAAUUAUUUUUUUUAUUUUCCAAAUUUGGGGGCCACCCUUACACUGGGGACCCGGCCCCUCUGCCCCUCCCUCUGAUAGGCCCUGCCAACUUAUAAUUUUCCCUAUUGAAAAGUCUCUGCACAAAUUUUUUUUUCAAACUUUUUUGGUGCUCGAAUAUUUUUUUUUCUUUCUGUUUUCCCUACUCGAUUUUUAUUUUUGCUUCCCCCCAUCACUUUUCUAAUGGUCCGCCCCUAAGUGUUUUGGCCAGAACCAUGUCCAGAACAUUGUCUGUUGACCGGCCGUUAUUUCGCGCCCUGAGGACAGUAACAUAAAAAAUCGAUACAUUUGAUCCCUCUUUUGCUUGUGCUUGCAUCAUAGAGAGGACCAGGCUUAAAUUAAUGAUUCAUAUGUUAUUGAUUUCUUAAAACUAUGAGCAUUGUAUGUAAAACACUCUCAAAUACCUGUAAAAUACGAAGAACUUUGACAUUUCAAGCGAAGGCCUUUGUUGGGAAGUUAGCAGCUUGGGUUGGGAAAAGCAUGUGUGGUUUGACACUAGUAAAUACAAAAUCAAUCGCAUUGUUUUCUUUAGCAUGUUGAGAUUAAAAAGGAAAGAAUUGGCCAAAAAUGUAUUGCCUGUGGAUAUUCUGGUGUGAUAUCGCUUACUCAUCGCCUUAUCACAUUUAUCCUCAAGAAUCCUCCUGGACAAGAGGAAAGUGUUACGCCUUCAAAGAAGUGAGUAGCUUUUGCUUGGAGCUGUUGUGAGCUACACUCAUGGUGGCUGAUACCUGUAUGCAGGGCCGGGGGGGGGGGCAAAUUGCCCCGGGCCCCGAGGUGCUGGGGGCCCCUGAAAAAUUUUUGUUGGGCCCCAGUCUUUUUUGUGUGUUAAAUAUUUCCGCACAAAGGACAAGAUAUCUGUUUUCUGGAGAUAAGUACCGAAAUUUGCCAUUAAAAAAUGAGAUAAAGUCCCUGGAAAGCAAUAGCAACGUACUCAUCCGGAAAAAUUUUUACUCCGGAAAUUUUUUUUACCCCUAAAAUGGUACACUGACCGAAAAAUUUUUGGUGACGGGGGAGAGGUAGUUCUUCGCGGCACUGCCUGUAUGAAAUAGUUUCGUUGCAUCAAUUUUAUCUUUGUUGUAUACAGUUGUCUGAUUAUAAUUUAUUAACCUUAGUCACAUACAUUAUAAGAAUGCUUCUAGUUUGACUUGACUGUAACAAACGUAGCCUACGUCAGAGACUCGAGCUAGACUCCUCGUAGAAUCCAUGCAACUUCUGUAAAAAGCGUGCCACCGCACAUGUCACGUCUGUUCCCCCUUUUGCAAAAAAUUAAACUGCGAUAUUCGAAAUUUUUGCUUGACUGCAUGUGAGUCAGAAGAAUGAGUUUCUUCGAAGAAAGUUGCUUUGUGCCGAAAGUUUGCCUAAUGGAAAACAUACUUAAAAUAGGACUAUUAAUGAUGGCUGUUACUAGAUUUCUAGGAAGAGCAGGACUCUAGAUUUAAUGUGUUCUUUUGUUUAGGGACAAGAAGAAUCGUCGUGAUAAAAAAGGAAAUAAUGCACAGUCUGGUGCACAAAAUGGCUGUACAAGUCCAAGUCAUGAUUCAAAUGAAGCUGAUGCCAUACCAGUAAUAGAGACACCAACCGCUCGAACUGUGAGUAACCGUUAUUUCUGGCAAUAUCAUGAUUAUUUCUGAAGUAGAAGUGGCACUACAAAUUGAUUAAGAUUUCAGAAGUACCAAGUAGUUUUAGAACUGAAUACUGGAUUGGAAAUCCUGUGCCCACAACCUAAAAAUACAAACUUUUUUUGUGCUCAUAGUGCCCAUAGACACUGUCUGAGCAUAGUUUUAAACUUAAGGAAUCAUUCUGUCAACCAUGAUGUUUCAUAAAAUUUUCAGAAUGCAAAAUUUCCUGAAGCUAGUUAAAAUUCCCUUCAUGCAGCGCUUCCAUGCUGGACUAUUUCUCCCAGGGCGCUUAUAUAUGUAUAUACAAGGUCACCAUGGCAACAACAACAGACUCGUCACCAUACCUCUGUAUCACACAUCGAUCAGCGCUCCAAUAUCCGUUGCACCGCCCUAUAUAUAAGCGCCCUGAUUUCUCCCAUCCGUGUCUGCAUGUCCCAACCCAAGGUAUCUCGCUUGACGUACCAUUGCUCUGACCAUUUAACUAUUCUGAUGCCCGAUAAGAAAAUUAUUGUCUUCAUACCAAGGUACUGUUCUAAGUAUCAGUGUGCAUACUACUGUACUUGCUUUUUUAGGAUGCUUUUGGUGAUGAUGAUUGGAGUGAAGACACUAGUGAGGCUGCUGUCAAGGCGCGUGAAUUGGAAGGUCUGUCAAUGAGAACUAAAGGAUUGACCAUGACCGAUGAUCUCGAGUUAACUGAACAACAGAGACUUCAAAUAUUUUACAGUUUCGUUGAGGUGGGUAUUUUUGAUACCAUCGAAGAUGAUCCGAUUUAUUCUAGAGAAUGAUGCCGAUCUUCAGUACUAUUCGGACGAAUCGAAAUUAGCCUUUCUCACGCCGCCAUUUUUGGGGUACUGUAAUUUUUCGUAAACGAUUAUAACAAUGUGAAAAGCAAUAUUUCAGAACAAACUAACUAUUUACAGAGUAAAUUUACCAUCAUACACCCACAAAAUUAUAAAAUGUCGCCGUUACGUGGUGUUACCAAGAUAUCUAUGGGUGUUACGCUCGCAGGAUUGGCAAAAAAGUACCCCAAAAAUGGCGGCGUGAGAAAGGCUAAUUAGCUAGAGCAGUACGAUUUAUACUGUACUGGCCAAGGGUUCUGGAAACGCAUUGCGCUUGAUAUGAAUCACUGUACUGUACACAUACGUGGAUCGUAGUGUCUUACCUAUUCGUUUAUCGUACUCAUUGUCUUGUAUUGAUAAUUUGUUGUGUAGGAGAAAAAGAAACUGAAUGAUCUUGUUUCCAAAGCUAUCGUCGCUGAAGCAGAACGUCUUGAAGUCAUGGAUAAAGCUGUGCUUGUUCUUGCUGAGUUGUUGUUUACUGAAGAUAUGGCAAACCAAAUGACAAAAUACUCUGCUAUUUUCAAGAAGGUAUUCUUCAUAACCGCCAGUUGACUGGCUAUUUGCUGCUCGAUAGUGUUUAAUGAAACCCAUUAAUUUUAUUGCUUAAAUUUUGUUGCAGUUUUUGACCAAUAACCAAAAGGCACAGAAACAUUUACUUGGUGCAUUUGAGAUGUUGGUUGGUAAAUCAUUUCCAGAAAAACUGAUGCCUAAAGUCCCGAGACUUCUGCAACUGCUUUAUGAUAAAGACUUUCUUGAAGAGGAAGUUGUGCUAGAAUGGGCGUCCAAGGUAAGCUUUGCUAUCAAUUCUGACAUGAUCGCAAAAUGAGCAGACUGCCAUGUCAGCGUUUUGCUCGGAAAAUAGCCGAUAUUGCACACAGCUCAGCUCAUAUAUAAACAUACAAUUACGAUUUUUUGUCUCCAUUAGCAAGGACAUGUGAAUUGCCGGGUUCAUACUGUAAGUACAUACCUUAUAUCUGGAGCUUUGUUACCAUGUUUUCAGGUUUCUAAGAAGUACGUGAGUAAAGAGACCAGCGCUCAGAUACACGAGAAAGCAGCGCCAUUCAUCAAGUGGCUACAAGAAGCAGAAGAAGAAUCGAGCGAAGACGACGAUGAGGAAGAUGAACCUAUCGAAGUAGUCUAUGCCACAGCCGCAGAGAAGGAAAAAAUGGUGGCAGAGCAAAAACAGAAGGAGGAUGGCGGCGAUGAUGAUUUCGAUAUUGAUGAAAUAUGAAUAUUAGCUGGAAUUUUUUUGUAGAACUAUUAUGCAUGCCAUUACUGUAUCGUUAGGACUCGGUAUUAUUUGUUGAACACUGCAUUGUGUGUUCAAUUCUGCAUUAUGUAUUAAAUAUCACGUUUUUUAUGUAGGACUACACAUUCUUUGUGUAGGACACCUUAUUUCAUUGUCGUAUUUAUGAAUAUUCUAAGCUUAUUUUAAUUUGUUCCACGGUGAAUUAGAAUAAAUGUGUUUUCGUUUUGUUUCUGGAACA